AGAAUUUGUGGGUCUUACGGUGGUUGUGAGCCUUAUGGCGGUUAUGAGCCUUAUGGCAGUUGUGAGCCUUACGGCGGUUGUGAGCCUUGCAGUAUCUGUGGGUGUGGUCGUAUGGAUCUUCUAA